AGCGCUGUUUUACAUUCGGCUGACAACUUGAUGUUGGUAUUGCGGAUUUGUCUCUGGUGUCUUGACCGAUGUCCAGCUGCGGAUUAAAAAGAUUGUGAAUGACAGAAGUUUUCACCAUCCUGCCUGCAUGAAGAAGACAUGAAUGAAUCGCUGUCUGAGGUGCUGAAGGAGUGACUGAGCCUACAGAGAUUCCACCAGCCAUCCUCUUCCUCUUUACCCCUUUCACAUCCCCUUUCCUCAACCAGACUAAGUGAGACUAAAUGAGAGAAGGUUUAAAUCGGCUCCUCUCACAUCCCACCCAGUGUGUCUGGAACAGACACGUACAACACAUUCAGACACGAGAGGUAGUGAAAACAGUGAGCUCCAGCUCGAGUCUACACUUGAACCCCUAGAACGGACGACAGAAGCAGUAGCUGUAGCCCUGCGAGGCUUCAUCUUCCAGGGUUGGGAAAGCUGGUCAAAGAGAGGUUGUCUUUGGUUCUGUUGGCCUCUGCCUCAACUCCCUCUGGACCAGGUCAGUGCUGACAAACAAUCAGCCACUGCUGCCUGGCUCUUCUUUUGGCACGGUGCUACCGGCUUCACCUUCACAUCAGCAGGCAGGGUAGAGGGAAACACCCAGAUAGCAACAGCAGAGACAUUGUGAUAACCAUAUGCGACAUGGGAGUCCUGUGUUGCUUGCUGGUCGUAGCAUUCAUCUGUCACAGCCAGACUCUGGAGAUUGAAAAACCUCUUCACAGUUCAAAAAGGUAUCAGGACAAUGCCCGGACAGAUCCUAAUAACUGCAUGUCGAGGACCAAGCAGGUUGUGACAAACACUCACAACUUCUCUAUAGAUAUUCGUAUGCCUGGUGUUGUUCCUACCAGGUCAGAUUCUUAUUUGUGCAUGGCGGUUCCGGUACCGACCAUCCAAGAUGCUUAUGUUGUUGACUUUCUACCUGUUGCCAGUAUGGACACAGCACAUCACAUGCUGCUCUAUGGCUGCCAAACUCCUGCCUCCUACAACAGCUACUGGGAUUGUGGGAGUACACAGGGCACUUGUGAGGAUGAUGCCUCAAUCCUAUAUGCCUGGGCUCGCAACGCACCACCCACUAAAUUACCCACAGAUGUGGGUUUUAGAGUUGGAGGGAAUUCGCGAGUCUCCUACUUCGUGCUACAGAUCCACUAUGGAGAUGUCAAUGCCUUUAGAGACCACCAUAGAGAUUGCUCAGGACUUACCUUAAGAAUGACCACCAAACCGCAGCCAUUCAUUGCUGGCAUGUAUUUAUUGAUGUCCAUGGACACUGUUAUCCUCCCAGGAAAAAGAGUAACAAAUGCAGACAUCGCCUGUGAUUACACUUCCUAUCCCAUCCACCCAUUUGCCUUUAGGACCCACACACAUCACCUUGGUAAAGUGGUAAGCGGCUAUAGAAUCAGGGAUGGAAAGUGGACCUUAAUUGGGCGACAGUCUCCCCUGCUACCCCAGGCUUUCUAUGCUGCUAACAAGGAUGCGGAUAUUAAGUAUGGUGACACCGUCGCAGCCCGAUGUGUAUUCAGUGGAGAGGGAAGAACCUCAAAAACAUACAUUGGUGGUACUUCUGAUGAUGAAAUGUGCAACUUCUACAUCAUGUACUACAUGGAUAGUAAACAUGCUGUCCCCUUCAUGAACUGCAUGGAGACUGGCUCUAAGGAGCUGUUCCGGCAUAUUCCAGCGGAAGCCAAUGUUCCCAUCCCUGUCAGUCCAGAACAGAUGAUGCCCAUGAUGCACACAGGACACAGAACAGAUCAUCAAGAGAACAAGUCAUUAUUGGAGACAAACAGAGCAGACGAGGAGGUGCUGAAUCAGGGUGACUUCUAUUCUCUUCUAUCCAAGCUGCUAGACAAGAGCAAAGAUGUAGUCCACGUUCAUAAGUACAACCCCAGUGUGAUGCAGAAAGCCCAGGCUGAGUUGGUGGCUCAAAUUGAUAACAUAAUGCAAAAGAAGGACCUGGGCCUGCCCAGUUCCAGACUAGUCUUCCCAGCCAGGGAGGACACCAUUCUGGUGAGGGACAGAGUGCACAAAUUUCACCAGUUUGAGGCUACAGCCAGACCACCAGGAAACAAGCUGGUAGAUGAAAAUAAAGGGUACCAUGUGGAGGAGGUGCCAACCUGGCCAGAGAGUUAUCUCCAGUUGGGUCAAGUUUCAGGCCUUGCCCUUGACUCUGAUGAUAACCUGGUCAUUUUUCACAGAGGUGACCACCGCUGGGGGGUGAACUCUUUUGACAACCAGGCUAUAUACCAGCAGAUGUCCUUAGGUCCAAUUCAGCAGUCAACCAUUUUAGUUGUGGACCCGGUCAAAGGGCGUGUCCUCAAGGCCUCUGGCAGAAACAUGUUUUACUUGCCUCAUGGAAUAACCACAGAUGCAGACAAUAAUUACUGGGUCACUGAUGUGGCUCUUCAUCAGGUUUUCAAGUUGAGCAGUGAUGGUCGAGACAAGGUCCUGGUGGCACUGGGACAGGCCUUCAUGCCAGGCACUGACAAAAAGCACUUCUGCCAGCCCACUGAUGUGGCUGUAGACACUGUGACAGGGAACAUCUACAUAUCUGAUGGCUACUGCAAUGCCAGAAUACUCAAGUUCACUGCUGACGGAAAAUACCUGUCUGAAUGGGGCGCAGGCUCAUCAGACGGAAGGAACCGGAAGCCAUUCCGAAUCCCACACAGCCUCGUCUUCCUCCCUGACAGACAGGAGCUGUGUGUGGCUGACAGGGAGAAUGGCAACAUCCAGUGCUUUGUUGCCAACACUGGAGAAUUUGUCAAGGAAAUAAGUAAGAAGGAGUUUGGAGGGGAGGUGUAUGCUGUCUCUUACAGUCCUGCUGGUGGUGGUUUGAUCUUUGCAGUCAAUGGCGAAUCUCCAUACGGCCACUCAGCUCCACUCAGAGGCUUUGUAAUAAAUUAUUCAACCCAAGAAAUUGUGGAUUCCUUCAGCCCAGAGAAAAAGAAAUUUAAAAUGCCACAUGACAUAGUUGUCAGCAAGGAUGGCAGCGUCUUCGUCGGGGAUGCAGGCAGUGAUGCUGUCUUCAAGUUUACCUCUGAGAAAGCACACCGCUCUGUCAAGAAGAGUGGAAUAGAGGUUCAAGAACUUGAAGAAAUGGAGACAUUUGUCCAAACCAACCGGAAGCCUGUCCACACAGUGUCCAUGUCAAUGGCUGUAGCCACCCACCCAAAGAUGGAAGCCGUCGCAGAAAAGCAGCCACAGCUUUCCCAAACCCCGGCUAAACAGCAACAACCAGCAACUGACAAGGAGAAGACGAUGAAGGAAAAGGGCGACGUCAAGCAAAGCAGCCAACAGGCUGUCUCUCCAGCCGUCAUCACCACCCUACUCCUCAUCCCCCUGGUGCUCAUCAUUUCUGUAGGGAUCUUCAUUCGCUGGACAAAAACCAGGAUGUAUGGAAGUAAAACAGCCAGUGGUCUGAACCUGGGGAAUUUCUUUGCGUCUCAUAAGGGCUACAGUCAGCAAGGCUUCGACCGGCUCAGCACUGAGGGCAGCGACCAGGAGAAAGACGAGGAGGAAAGCACCGACUCUGAUAAUGAGGAGUACUCCGCCCCACCGCCUACUGUAUCGUCAAGUUAGACCCAGAGCCAUGUGUGCCAACCAGCCCUCUGCUCAUAUGGCCAGGAUGAAUUUUGUUGAUCAUAUGUGUAACCGCUUGUGUUGGCUGCCAGUCUAAUUAUUUAUUUGUGAGAAACAUACUUUUCAGUCAAUGAUUAAUUGUUCUACUGCCACUUUAUUUAUAAUAAAUGGGGACCAGGGGUUCGGUGAGAAAUAUACUGGGAGGGACUGAAGAAUGAUGAUGAAUAUUUUACUGGAAACAAGGAAAUGAUAGGGUUAGCUUUCAUUUUUUUAAUAAUUUUACAUACAUACAUCUCUACAAUACCGCUUUUACACGGAUGCCAUAUUUCAUGACUAAUUUUUGGGAGAUUUGAUUUGUCCACAUUUCCGUUCAGUGAUAUUUCUAUCUGCACAUUGGUGCCUUUUGAAGUAUGUAUUUUGCCUUUCUGCGGCACCUGUCAUUACAAAAUAUGCCACACUAUGAAAAUGGAUGCCAAUAGUAUCACCCAUGCUUUUUUAAUUUUCAUUGUUUUACUUUGAAAUGAAAGGAAAUAAUGCUAUAUAUGACUGUGUAUAUCUAUCUAUCCAUCUAUCCAUCUAUCUAUCUAUCUGUCUAAGAUAUAUGUAUAGCUAGAUAGACAGACAGACAGACAGAUGUAUCUAAAGCUGUAUUUCAGAUUUUCCAGUCAGGUGUAUGUGUGUCAGAUAUUUAUUGUGACAUAUUGAGGUUUCACUGCUAGAAUACUAUUUUCUGCAAGUUAUUUGUGUAAUAAAGUGUCUGCAAAGCAUAACAGUC